AAAGACUUCAGCGGACCGAAGAGAUGCAAUCUACAAAUUAGCUUCGGUUCAAAGCUCUUGCGCCUCUAUCAAUCGGAAGCAAGCGAAGGCCCAAACAAAUCUUUGGAUGUACCAAACCCAGUAGCCAAGAUUGAACUUUGGCAUCAUUUUGAUUCUAGCGAUUAAUCUGUUCUUCUACAGCUGGAGCCACCGGUCGCGGUCUAGAACCAUCAAGGAUGCAUAGAAGCCCUCUCCCUUCAACAAAGACACAAAACUAGAACUCCCAUAGUCCG